AGUCAAAAUUAGUCUAUUUUUCUGAUCAAUUAAUACAAGUUACUUCCACUCUGCUGCAUCCUUGCUCACUCACUCACUCACUCUGCCCAAAAUCUCCUUUUUUCUUGGUGUCUCCUCCUCCUACAGGCUUUCUUCCAUUUUCUGUCAUGGCCAUGGCUGCAACCACUGGAUCUUCUUCCAGCUCUGCCUCUGCUGCUGCUGCUGCUGACAAGCCAGUGCCUGCACUGCCGCCGCUCACAGCGAAAUUGGAUCCUACAAAGUACCCCCUUUGGUUGGCGCAGAUCAUUCCUUUCCUCAACAGCAACGGCCUGAUGUCUUUCGUCGACGGUACCGCCACGUGUCCUCCCGCCUUUCUUCUCGACGCCGACGGGAAACCCACCAACACGACCAAUCCCGCUUAUGACUACUGGAUUCAGAUGGACCAGUUUGUGCUUUCUUUGAUCAAUGGCUCCCUCAGCCACUUUGUUGUUGCUACUCUGGAGGGUUCUAUCUCCGCCCGUGCUACCUGGGUUGCUUUGGAGGCUCUUCUUCUUAGGGCUGAGCAGCAGCAUCUGGUUCCAACUCUGAUGGUCUCGGUUUCUGAUCAUAGCACCGCUGCCGCGGCAGCUUCUCCUGGCUGUGGCUUUGAUCAUGUUGCUUCAGGAGGAAAGAUGAGCGGCCGAGGCGGAGGCGGCGGAAGCGGCGUAGGAGGCGGCACAACGGGUGAAGGAGUUUCAGGGAAGAAAGGCCUACCCGGGGUUAAGUCCUUCUCUCCCACCGAACAGGAACUGGUUGGCUACUACUUGAAGAAACAAAUAGAGGGGAAGGACUCAGAAUUCAGGGACAUCAUCCCUGUAAUUGAUCAUGUCUGCAAGCGUGAGCCUCGUGAUCUGCCUGCGGUCUUCUUCAGCAAACCUGAUUACAAGAACUCCAAAAGAGAUCGCUGCAACAGGACCACAGAUGAGGGCAAAUAUAAAAUCACAUGCAGGGAUCGUGAGAUCAAGGAUGAACUAUCCAAAACUGUGAUUGGUAAGAAGAGGUAUUUGGCUUUUAAGGAUCAUGUGCCCAGUGCCAAGAAGACCAAGUAUGUCAUACAUGAGUAUUCUCUCACCAAAGCUGAACUUGCCAAACUGGGUGUGGGUCCUAAUCCCAAUCAGAAGAAAGAGUUUGUUCUCUGCUGCCUGAAGAGUAAGUCAGCAAAUUCUAAGAAGCUGAAGGAUGUUUCAAUCUGCGGCAAUGAAUUAGCUGAACCUGCUAUUGGUGGCGAAAUCGCCUCUAACUCUGAAGAUGAUCAAGCUGCUGCAACUGGUAUGAUUCAAGGCCCAGAUGAGCAUCUGUUGAAAGAGCCGUCCUGUGCUGAUCUUGGAGUACAGCAGCUAGCAGCCACAUCAGCCACCACACCCACCUCAGCCACAUCAUUUGGCGGCGUUGGUGUUGGUUCACCUGAUGGCUUCUUGUGGUCUGAUUUUAAUAUUCUGUUGGAAGAGCCGUCCUGUGCUGAUCUUGAAGUACAGCAGCUAGCAGCCACAUCAGCCACCACACCCACCUCAGCCACAUCAUUUGGCGGCGUUGGUGUUGGUUCACCUGAUGGCUUCUUGUGGUCUGAUUUUGAUGAUCUGUUGGAAGAGCCGUUCUGGGCUGAUCAGCCACAUCAGCCACCACACCCAUCUCACCCGCAUCAGCCACCACCCGCACCUCACCCACAUCAGCCACCACCCCCAUCUCAGCCACAAAAUUACUGCUCCUCCACACUGCCGUCAGCAUUAUGCACCAAGCAGGGAAAUGUUCCCAGUCUCUAUAAUGAUGACUGCAGUAAGCAGCUAUCUCCAACUGGGAAUAACAUUUCAACUAAUUAUCACUAUGAACCGGUUAGCAACACCGCUUAUAGUGUUCAAAAUGGGGCUACUGAUGAAAGGUUUUCAGAGGUUUAUAAAAUUUCAACCAAUGAUCACAAUGAAUCAGUUAGUUCAGAGGCUUACCUUCAGCCAGAAGAAAAUCUGGGCAUUCCUUCAUCCAUUUCGGCCACAGGAUUACACACUGCUGUCGCCAAGGAACACAGAACUGGGAGAUGUUAUGCAUGCCAAUAACUAUAUUGACAUGCAGUGGUGAGUCGUAGUCUCCGGAUAAUCUGGAGUUUACGAUUCUUUUCCCACAGUUCUUAAAUAAUUUCAUUGGUGACCAGGAUUAUUAUCCUGUGAAGAAACAACAUACACUACUUUCAGUGACUCUAAUCUACCGGAGCCAUGGGGAGGAGUCUAUGAUAGCGAUAGUGGAGUAAGAAGUGAAAGGAACACUGAAUUACUCCAUGGAUGGGUAAAAGUUUUAUGCUGCAUUAGCUGCUGCAACAUCGAUAGUGCAACAUUUUAGUUAUAGGAGAGCUUUUGUUGAAAGGAACACUGAAUUACUCCAUGGAUGGGUAAAAGUUUUAUGCUGCAUUAGCUGCUGCAACAUCGAUAGUGCAACAUUUUAGUUAUAGGAGAGCAUCAGUAAACCACAAGAGGUCUUGGAAGGGUAGCACAUCACCCUCAUCUACAAAACAAAUUAGAUUUCUUUUCUCAAAAGCAGUACUUUGGAGAUCACGUCUCUCCUGUCAACAGAAGCACAAAUAUUUCUCAUAGCAAUUCUCUUCAUAUA